ACAUCAGAAAAUGCACACAGGGGAGAAACCCUAUCAAUGUAGCGAGUGUGAGGAAACCUUUAUCAGUAAAACAGUUCUUACAGUACAUUGGAGAACUCAUACAGGGGAGAAACCCUACGCAUGUAUCGAGUGUAAGAAAACUUUCUGCCGUAAGUCUCACCUAACUGUUCAUCAGAGAACCCACAUGGGAGAAAAACCAUAUGAGUGUUAUGAAUGUGGGAAAUCUUUCUCUGUAAAAACCAAACUCACUGUGCAUCUGAGAACACACACAGGGGAGAAGUCCUAUGAAUGCAAUGAGUGUAGGAAAUCCUUUUACCAGAAGUCAGCCCUCACUGUACAUCAAAGGAUUCACAAUAGAGAGACACAUCAUGAAUGCAAUGAUUGUGGUAAAACCUUCUGUAAGAAGUCCAUUCUCACUGCACAUCAGAGAACUCACACAGGGGAGAGACCUUAUGAAUGUCAAGAAUGUGGGAAAUCCUUUGGCCAUCACCCAGCUCUUACCGUACAUCAGAGAACUCAUACAAGAGAUAAACCUUAUAAAUGUAACGAAUGUGGGAAAUCUUUCUGUGUAAAGCCAAAGCUCACUGUGCAUCUGAGACUUCACACCGGUGAGAAACCAUAUGAAUGUAAGGAAUGUGGGAAAACUUUCAACCAGAUAUCAAAACUCACUGUACACCAGAGAACUCACACAGGUGAGAAACCUUAUAAAUGUAACGAAUGUUGGAAGACCUUUUGUGAGAAGUCAACUCUCAAUAGGCAUCAGAGAACUCACACAGGAGAGAAGCCCUAUGGAUGCAAAGAAUGUAGGAAGACUUUCUACCAGAAGUCAGCCCUGACUGUGCAUCAGAGAACUCACACAGGAGAGAAGCCCUAUGGAUGUAAUGCAUGUGGGAAAACCUUCUGUCAGAAGUCACACCUCAGCAAACAUCAGAGAACUCACACUGGGGAGAAGCCAUGUGUGGCAGAGACUGGUGAUAUGUACACCAAAACUCACUUUCUCUUUGUGUUGGGCACACAGUUCGCCUGCAUUUCUCGGCUCCCGUUUACUGUGGGUGGAAGCACGUAAUUGAGCUCUGGCCAAGAGAUCAUGAACACAAAUUAUGAACAUUACUUCCAUGCCUGGCCACAAAAACACUUACUUGCCUUUGCUGAUUUUUCAUUCCUUGUGCUCUGGAAUGCAUAUUACCCACAGGUGUGUUUUUGGAGCCACAUGGUGAAGAUGGCAACCAGGACUUAAGGCAGAAAGGACUGACUGGGGAGGGCAAAGAUCUUCCCAACGCUGCCUCACAAAUCUUCACCUGCACUUACCUGAGGGAGAAGUAGUCACUGUUG